AUGUCCAGCCGCAGAGGAACAACAUCGGCUUCGUGUUCCCCCAGAGACGCGACCCGAUCUUGCCCUUCGGAGCCCGCCUGGACCGAAGAAGACCAGGGACAUUCUUUACUAACACCAGAACUGCUUACCCAUGCCCCUCCCUCCCGCUCCCCCCCACUAACCACACAACCAGCCACCACGACGGCCACCGCGCCCGCCCCCUCUAACCCCGCCGGCACCCCGCUCCCGCCCGUCAUCCCCCUCAUGCCCUUCAUCGUGGCGCCCGUGUUCACGCCCGUGGUGGCGGGACCCCCCCAGGACCCCCCCGCCCUCCCCAGCACCGACCUCACGCCCCCCUCAGACUCCCCCAGCCGACCCAGCCUCGCGCCGCGCCUGCAGCGGGUGUUCCCGAGCCAGCGGCUCAUCCAGAGCAUCCGCCAGGAGCAGUCCUCGUCGUCGUCAGAGUCCACGCGGGAGACGUCGAGCCGCACCAGCACGUCGCAGCUGCUCGCGGCCGCCGGCAUGCUGCAGAAGCUGGAGAAGUCCAGCAGCAACAGCAGCAGCAAGAGCAGCAGCAGCAGCCAGCAGGAGAGCAGUUCCUCCUCGCUCUCUCUCCCGGCCGAGGGCUCGUCGGCCUCCAACGCCGUCGAGCCGGAGGGCGCGGCACCUCCUCCGCCCGCGAAGGAGAAGCCUGCGCCCGCCCCUGCCUCUGGCCCCGAAGGCGAGAAGCGCGGGCGUAUCCUCGUGCCCAACACGCGGCGCCCGGUGCUGCGCCGCCCGGCCACGCCCCUCACGCGCCCGCGCUCGCAGGUCGUCCAGUCGCCCGUGUCCGACGACUACAUCAACAACUUCCCCGAGGCGGCCGCCCCCGAGGGCUUCCCCGGCGAGGACCCCGAGGAGGGCACCAUCAGGGAAAACCUCUUCGAGCUGCAGCGGGUCAACUAA